UAAAAAAAUAAAAGGAAUGAAAGGAGAAUUGGGGGAGAUUGGAGAGCCAGGCCCACCUGGACCUUACUCACAAAUCCGUACAAUCCCUUCAGAAUCGCAGGGUGACAAAGGCUUGAAAGGUUAUAAAGGUGAACCAGGAGAUUUGGGGUAUUUAUCUACCAAAGGAGAGACUGGUGUGUCAGGGUUUCCAGGACAACGGGGUAACCCAGGACGAAAUGGCUUGCCAGGACCAAGGGGAGAGAUUGGACUUCCAGGUUUCCCAGGAAAUUCUGGCCACAAAGGAGACAGAGGAGAACCUGGAGAGCUCAUAGAUCCUUUUGAUGAUACUGGAGUGGGUUCUCCAGGACCUCCGGGAGAGCGUGGCCCAAUUGGAAAUUAUGGUCCUAAGGGUGUUAAAGGACUGCUGGGUCCCCCAGGCCCCCCUCCCACUGAACAACAAUCAGUGGAUUUGUGGGGUCCAGAGGGACCACGGGGUUCAAAGGGAGCCGAAGGUGAAACUGGAGAACCUGGUAAUCCUGCCAUUGAGCCUGGGCCACCUGGUUCUGAUGGACUGCCUGGAUUUCGUGGACCACCUGGACCCAAGGGAUCAUUGGAAGAAUUCUUCAAAGGCGCACCAGGACCACGUGGACGUCCAGGAAAUGCAGGGAAAAAGGGACUAAAGGGUGACCAUGGUCCAUGCGAUUGCGAUGUAAAAUCCCCACCUGGUCUUCCGGGUCUUCCUGGUGAUGCUGGGGACUUUGGCAUGGCAGGCGAGUGGGGUCAGGAGGGUGAUCAAGGAGAGACGGGAACCAGAGGUGUGGAUGGUGUGCCUGGUUCCCCUGGUGCAAGAGGAUCACCUGGACCCAAAGGCAGAAAAGGAGAGCUGAGAUUCGCUACUCAGAAAGGACAAUCUGGUGACCCAGGGGACCCAGGUGCUAGUGGCUUUCCAGGAGUGCAAGGAAGGCAUGGGCUUCAUGGAAGAGAUGGUGAAUCAGGUUUUCAAGGACCUCCUGGAGAAGGUCCCGUAGGUGAGCCUGGAGACAAGGGAUACCAAGGUCGGGAUGGUCCUCCAGGUCUAAUAGGUCAAAUAGGACAACGUGGUCAAGUUCUUGGAGCAACUAAAGGUCUAAGGGGCCUUCCUGGAGACGAAGGACAAGUUGGUAUUGAUGGAAAGCAAGGGUUACCUGGUGUUCCAGGAGACUGUAGCCCACAAGGAGGAGAUCAGUGGAGUAUUCCAGUGGAAUGUAUUGGUGAUCCCGGGCCACCUGGAGAGAGAGGGCAGCCUGGACUUCCAGGGCUAGAUGGAUUUCCUGGACUGCAAGGUGCUAAAGGCUCACCAGGUCUUUUUGGAGAACCUGGAGCCAAAGGAGAGAAAGGUUUAACAGGAAGAGGAGGCCCACCGGGGCCAAGAGGUUUUGUUGGACCUCGGGGUGACUUAGGAUAUCAUGGCACCAAAGGUGUGGAAGGAGCUCCAGGCCUUUCUGGUAAACCAGGUUUGGAUGGUUUUUUAGGGGAAAAGGGUGAACAUGGUGAAGUUUUUGGAGCUUCUCCUGGCGCCGCUGGAGACCCAGGACUGCCUGGACAGAGGGGUGUCAUUGGUCUUCCAGGAGAUCCAGGACUUCAAGGACACCAAGGUGUUGAGGGAAUGCCGGGUAUGAUUGGCCUUAAGGGUGAAAGUGGCCCUUCAGGUCUUCAAGGAGAGAUAGGAACACCUGGACCUCCAGGAACAUUUGGCUUUCCUGGGCAGCCUGGUCAAGUAGGACCUCCCGGACCACCUGGAAAAACCGGAGAACCAGGUUCAAGUGGAGAAAGUGGAGAUCAGGGAGACCCCGGCCUUUCUGGGCCCAGAGGAGUAAAGGGUGUCACUGGAGAACCAGGACAUUUUGGUCUACGAGGAAAUAUUGGGUCACCUGGAGAUCCAGGACAACAGGGGCAAUUUGGUAUUGAUGGUCUUCCAGGGUUAAAAGGUGUAAAUGGAGAACCAGGAAUGAUGGGAUUCCCAGGAAGGCGUGGUUUUGAAGGCGAUAGGGGCCCUGUUGGACCUAAAGGAGAUACCGGACCCCCAGGUUUUCCUGGCUUACCUGGUGCUAAAGGACUUCCACCAGUUCCACAGAAACUACCAGGUGAGAGAGGACCACCUGGCCCAAUGGGUAUUCAAGGACCACAGGGACGGAGUGGAAACCUCGGCCCUGCUGGACCUCCUGGUGAUUCAGGGAUUUGGGGUCCAAAGGGUGAAAAAGGCAUGCCAGGUCUCCCUGGAAUACCAGGAAAUCCAGGCUUCCGUGGAGACCCUGGACAAAUGGGCCACCCUGGUCUACAAGGCGAAGAAGGGACGCGAGGGGGUCCUGGUUCAUCUGGUCCUAUCGGAAUGCCUGGCCGCAGUGUCAAUGUUGGCUACCUGCUGGUGAAGCACAGUCAGUCUGAGCAGAUUCCCAUGUGCCCUGUGGGCAUGUCCAAGUUAUGGGACGGUUACAGUCUUCUGUACUUUGAGGGACAGGAGAAGGCCCACAACCAAGAUCUUGGUCUAGCCGGGUCAUGUCUUCCCCGAUUUAACACCAUGCCCUUCCUAUACUGCAAUCCUGGAGACGUGUGCUACUAUGCCAGCCGCAAUGACAAAUCCUAUUGGCUGUCCACCACCGCACCAAUUCCCAUGAUGCCCGUGGAGGAGGCCGAAAUAAAACCAUACAUCAGCCGCUGCUCCGUGUGUGAAGCUCCAUCUGUGGCCAUCGCCGUACACAGUCAAGAUAUAACAAUCCCACAGUGCCCAGCAGGCUGGAGAAGUCUCUGGAUUGGCUACUCCUUCCUUAUGCACACGGCAGCUGGAGAUGAAGGUGGCGGUCAAUCUCUGGUGUCUCCAGGCUCCUGUCUAGAAGAUUUCCGCACCACUCCCUUCAUCGAGUGUAACGGGGCCAAGGGUACGUGCCACUACUUCGCCAACAAGCAGAGUUUCUGGUUGACAUCUAUCGAUCAGACCUUCCAGAGUUCCCCUUCCUCUGAGACACUGAAAGCCGGUCAGCUCUUGGCACGCAUCAGCCGCUGCCAAGUGUGUAUGAAGAACCUGUGA